GUAGCAGCAUUUAUAUAUAACUAUGGGUUUUCCGUUUCAUUCCCCGCUCCUCCCUAUCCUUUUCGCAUUGCUGAGCGCCACCUCGGCCUCCCUCGCCGCCGUGGACGAGCCGCUGCAGCUGAACGACGACGUUUUAGGCCUCGUCGUCUUCAAAUCCGGCGUCCAUGACCGGUCGUCGCGCCUCGCCGGGUGGACCGAAGACGACGCGUCUCCCUGUGCGUGGAGCUUCGUCGGAUGCAGCCCGGGGAACGGGCGGGUCGACCGGAUCUUCCUCGGCGGUUUGGGACUGUCCGGGAAGAUCGGGCGGGGGUUGGAGAAGCUGCAGUUUCUCGAAGUUCUGUCGCUGUCCGGGAACAACUUCAGCGGCGGGAUUCCUCCGGGGUUGGGGCUGUUGCCGCGUCUCAGAAUACUUAAUCUCAGCAGGAACAGUAUCUCCGGGACGAUUCCGUCGUCCCUGAGUAAUUUGAUCUCGAUCCGUUUUGUCGAUCUCUCCCGGAAUCUACUGACCGGAACUCUCUCCGAUGAGCUGUUAGAAAAUUGGAGUUCAAUCCGGUAUUUGUCGCUGGCGGAGAACGACCUAGAAGGUCCGGCGCCGAGCGCCCUGUCAAAAUGCACUCUUCUGAACCACCUCAAUCUGUCUAGCAACCGUUUCUCCGGCGACCUGAGGUUUUCCGGCGGGAUAAGGGGGUUGGGGAGGCUAAGAUUCUUGGAUGUUUCAAACAACGAGUUUUCCGGAUCGCUGCCCUCCGACCUUCCAUUUCUUCACAAUCUGAAAGAGCUCUCUGUACAGGGGAACAGAUUUUCCGGCGACUUCCCGAUUCAAUUGGGGCUUAAUCCCCAUCUUCUCCGGCUAGAUUUGAGCAGGAACUUCUUCACCGGUAAACUCUCAGAUGCCGCAUCUCUUCAGAGGCUUAAAUCCCUCACGUUUCUGAACCUGUCCCAUAACCGCCUCUACGGGGCAUUUCCUCCAUGGAUUGGAAACAUGUCUAGCCUGGAAUUUCUUGAUCUCUCCGGCAAUGCAUUGGACGGGCCGAUUCCUGAUUCACUCGGAGGGUUGAAAUCGUUGCGACAUUUGACGUUGAACGAUAACAGGUUAGAAGGUGAGAUUCCAAAGUCCUUGGCUUCUUGCACGGCGUUGGCCGUGCUUCGGCUGAGGGGAAACUUGCUGAGUGGUACAAUACCGGAGGAACUUUUCGGGAUUGGGAUAGAAGUGGUCGAUUUCUCGCGAAACGUUCUGAGCGGUCCGGUUCCAUCAGGUUCGGGCAAGAUUUUUGAGACUCUACGAGUGAUGGAUCUCUCUAUGAACAAUCUCACUGGAAACAUCCCCAAAGAAAUGGGGCUAUUCUCCAGGCUCGGAUAUCUGAAUCUCUCGUGGAAUCAAUUCCACUCGGGGUUUAUCCCAGAAGUGGGGUACUCCCCGAGGCUAGUCUCGUUGGAUCUUCGAAAUUGCGCUUUGAUGGGGUCGAUCCCGAGGAGUGUUUGCGGUUCAGGCAGCCUCAGAAUUCUCCAGCUUGACGGGAAUUCGUUGAGCGGCAGCAUUCCCGAUGAAUUUGGGAAUUGCUCCUCUCUCUUCUUGCUGAGCUUGUCACACAACAAUUUGAGUGGCUCCAUACCAAAGUCCUUUUCAAUGCUGUCAAGGCUCAAGAUUCUGAAACUGGAGUUUAACCAACUGAGUGGGGAAAUACCCCCACAGCUCUCCCACCUGGAAAACCUUCUGGCAGUGAAUGUGUCCCACAACAGGCUCGUCGGCCGGAUUCCGCCCGGGCGCGUGUUCCAGAAUUUAGACCAGAGUGCAAUAGAGGGGAAUCUUGGGAUCUGUUCACCCUUGUUGAGAGGGCCAUGUAGAAUGAAUGCAGCAAAGCCUAUAGUGAUUGAUCCCUUCGGUUACAGAAACCACACAGAUGAUGGUGAUGGUGAUGGUGAUGUUGGGCCAUUGAGAUCAUCAAGACACAAUACAUUCCUCAGUGUUUCAGCCAUUGUUGCCAUCUCCGCUGCCGGAAUCAUUGUGCUCGGGGUUAUGGUUAUCACCAUUCUGAAUGCCUCGGUCAAGAGAAGGCUUUCUUUGGCUGAGAACGGCGGAUUGGAAAGAACGUGCUCGGGCUCUUCGAGGUCCCGCCGCAGUGUGGACGCCGGAAGGCUGAUACUACUCGACGCAAAACCGUCUCGGGAUUGGUUGAACGCUAGCACCUUCGAGUCCGUCCUUAACAAAGCGUUGGAAGUCGGGGAAGGCGUUUUCGGAAUGGUUUACAAGGCUCCUGUGGGAGGCGAUUGCGGGGGCACGGCCGUGGCGAUAAAAAAGCUUGUAGCAUCAAAGGUGUUGCAGCAUCCAGAGGACUUCGACCGAGAGGUUCGGGCGUUGGGGAAAGCAAGGCACCCAAAUUUGGUCCCGUUACGAGGGUACUAUUGGACCCCACACCUGCAGCUAUUGGUUUCGGAUUUCGUGCCCGGAGGGAAUCUGGAAUCCAUGCUCCACGAAACGGGGGCCCCGCCCCUGACGUGGCCAGCCCGGUUCGAGAUCAUACUGGGAACAGCCAAGGGGCUAGCCCACCUGCACCAUUCGUGCCAGCCCCCGAUCGUCCACUACAACGUGAACCCCAGCAACGUUCUACUCGACGAGAACCUCGACCCGAGAAUCUCGGACUUCGGCCUCGCGGGGCUCGUGAACGUGCACGUGAUGAGCGACCGGCUCCAAGCAGCAUCGGGGGCCGGGUACGUGGCACCGGAACUCGCCUCCCAAAGCACGAGGGUGAACGAGAAGUGCGACGUGUACGGGUUCGGGAUGCUGGCACUCGAGCUAGUGACCGGCCGGCGGCCCGUUGAACACGGGGAGGGGGACGCGGUGCUCAUUAUGAACGAUCACGUGAGGGCGUUGCUCGAGCAAGGGAACGUGUUGGACUGCGUCGACCCGGUGAUGGGAGCCUACCCGGACGACGAGGUCUUGCCUGUUUUGAAGCUGGCAUUGGUGUGUACUUCUCAGGUACCUUCAAGCAGACCUUCCAUGGCUCAAGUGGUCCAGAUCUUGCAGGUCAUUAUGACCCAACUUCCCUCCCGCACAUAAUUGAAACAAUUCAUAUGCCCCGGAGUACAUACUCGCUUUUUGUUUUCUUUUCUGUUUGAAGUUGCCAAACAGCCCCUAAAUGUUCUAACAUAUUAUACUACACCUUACCUUGCUUCUAUCGUCAUUACGCCGCUUUAUUUGUGACCAUAUGUUCCGUAUCCUUCUCUCAUGUAUUUUUCAUCGCCACAAACCUAAUCCUUUUACCGCCUAAGAAUUCGAUGGUGUUGAAAUGCUAUGUACAUAAAUCCAACUUCUUCGGCCGUUGUUCUUCUAUCAAUUUGAUGGUUGUUCUUAUAUGAAUUGUUUGAUACAAGAUUCACUGAACAUGGAUUGAUGUUGUGCCAUGAACACUGUGGAGAGGGCUUUCAAAGGUGUAGUACUUGGCUGGAUUUAUUGAUGCAAUGAAUGUUGAGGCAGUGGAGAUGGCUUUCAUUCGUGUAGUACUUGGCUGGAUGUAUUAUAUUGAGAUGACAUGUAGUGUCAUAUGAUUUGUCCAGUAGUGAUUGUAAAUGUUUACAUAAUAAGAUGUAAUGUAUAGCUGCCAUGUGUACCAAAGUGUUUAUAGCCAUUGGAUUACAAUUUCUGGUGGGAAAAUUGGGCAUUGCAAUUGGAAUGGA